UUUAUCUCGUUACUAGGCAGCGUUCUAACGGUGUAGAAAAAUAUCUCGCUCGGAAAUUAUAAACGUGGCCACAAGCUUAACGUUACAUCCAUUAUUGUGAGUUAGCUGAAUAUAUUUCAGACUUGGUUAUGUCACUUUCUGCACUAACUCAAUUAUUGUGAAGAAAACUAUCUUCGCCACCCUGGCCUCCUCAAGUGACUUAAGAGAAAAACUGCGAAAGAAACGGCGUGCCCUGCAAGACACUUUGGUAAAAAACAAAAAUGAGGACGACGUUCAGGCUCUGGUUCCAUCUACCAAAUUGAGUAAGGGGAAACUACAAACUACAAUGAAGGAACCUCAGAGCAGUGAGGAAGACCCAGGAGAGACACUGAAACGUACCUUAAGGGCUCAGAGACAGGGGCGGAAGAAAAGGCUGCUUGAGCAGCCUUUAGCCCAAGAGUCCCAUGAUGAUGAUGUGGAGGAAAUCUCCACCAUUCAGCACCACAGUGAAGAUGAAGGAUCAGCUGAAACAGCAGCUGACUCUGAGGUUUUGUCAAGACCUCCAACUGGUUCUCUGAGAAGUUUCCCCCCGAGAAUUCAACAUACUCCUGGCUCUCAGCAUUUAGACAACUCUGUGACACGGCUCUUGGAAGAGAAACUAAGAGCAGCCAGGUCUAAAGGUGAGAGCCUUCAGGAACAGGAGGACUCUCUCAAGCCAGCCAGUCGCCUACAGAGCCUCAGAGACAGAGACACUGUCACAAGGUUUGACAGAGAGGUUGAUCCAGACAGAGCUGGAAGACAUGAGGUCCCUCUGGCCCUCGGCACCAGGGUGAAGUUUCGAGAAGCAGCGAGACGAGCAGAAAAAGGCCUCCCAACUGCUGAAGAGGCUUAUGAUUUCUUUACACUCGACUUUGAGCCAGAUCCACAAGAUGGGACUGAGAAAGUUAGCAGGAAAAGACCAAAACAGAAAAAAACAGCUGAGGACAGAGAUGAUGAAGAAGGAGGAGAAGAAGAAGUUGAAGAUGCUGAAGCAGAUGAAGGUGAUCAAGAUGAAAGUGUAGAGCAGAGUGAAGACGCUCCUCUUGUGCGAGAUGAAGAGGAGGAUUUAUUCGUCAUUGGACAGUCGUCCCAAGACUUCCUGGAAGUGAAGAGAGCAGAGUAUGUUGGGUACAGAAAACGUGUUCAGCGAGAAAGUGAGCUCGUCUUCAUGCCAAGUUUUCAAACAGUCCCAGCCUCCAUUAAACUGCCUGAAAACAUGAAGCCCCGUUAUCUGGAGGACGAGGGUCUGUAUGUAGGUGAAAGGCCUCCUGUAUCCCUGACCAAUGAGAACAUUCUGGAGAACCGCAUUUUGAAAAUGGAGGAGGGAAAGAAGUGGUUUGGAGAUGACGGCAGGAUCAUGGCUUUGCCUAACCCCAUAAAGGAAUCAUCCACUCGACCCCCUCUCUUCCACAUGGAGGAGGACCUGGACCCCGCACUGCACACUGUGUACAGAAAGGCGCUGAAGUCUAAAUAUGCAAAUUUGUAUAUCGCUGGUGCGGCGGACCCUGAGGGAGACUACCAGCUUGACGUUGAUGUUUCUGGGCUGAUCUUCUCCCAUCACCCGCUGUUCAGUCGUGAACAUGUCCUAGGGGCCCGUCUAGCUCAGCUCUAUGAUCAGUACCUCACCAGACAGCACAAUAAUCUUACUGGACACCUUACUGACAAGUUGAAUGGAUUGAGGAGUGCUCUGCGGAAUAUGCUUGAGGUUCAUGGCGGGCAGAGCCUCACUCAAGCCAUACAGCACAGGAUAUCUGAGUACAGUCUGGAGGUUAAGAACACUCGGCAGCUGCGGGACUGUGAGCAGGAGAAAGACAGGACUCUGCUGAAGAACAUAGUUAAAGUGUGGAAGGAGAUAAAGGCCCUCAGAGACUUUCAGAAGUUUACCAACACACCAUACAAGCUCUACCUCAGGAGAGAAAAUGUGGACCGGGCAUCAGAUGAGCGAGAGUACGAAGAUGAAAUCUUGGCAGAAGUUGUAGAAUUGGAGGCAGAGAGCGAGGAGGACUACCAGAGAAAGCUGACACAGUACAAGAAACAGCUGGAGGAUUGGAAGCUCUGGAGAAGGAAACAGAAAGCCAAAAAAAAGAAGAGAAAAAAGAAGAAGAAAGGCCAGACACAGGAUGACACAGAAGAAGAAGAUGAAGACCAGGAGGUGAGUGAAUCGGAAGGUGCAGUUGAAGAAGGACCCUCAAAACCGGAGCCUCCAGAGAGGCCAGACUUUGACUAUAUAGAGCAGCAGGUCAGGGAGAAAGCCUCCAGGAUACGCAGGAAACCAGGAGAGUCCAUCCUGAUCCCUGAGCUGUCUGCAUCUGGAAACAUCACCGCCAGUGAACUCUGCCCCAGGGCUGAAAUAGCUCGAAGAGAGGAUGUUGCAAGGCGCUCUCUUUUCACCAAGAUCCUGUACAAUGACAAAGAAGUUUCCAGAACGGACAGCCGCUCCCUGAACACUGAUUUCAGAGUCCACUUUGGCCAGAUUUUCAAUCUCAAGAUAGUUAACUGUCCCCAAAGCAUCAAUUUGCAGGUAUUUGAGGAGAUUGGCUCAUCGUGCUCCCUCCUGGCUCAAGUGUUUGUUCCAGUGCCAGAACCCUCAGUUGUGAUGGGCAGCGCCCCCCUUGAGGAAUUUGAGUUUAGCAGCAACCAGAGAGUGAUGUUCGACCAUGAGGGUGUAGGAAGUGACGUGCCCCUCUCCUUUGAGCCCGACGGCAGUAACAAACAGAUCCUGUUGACCUCUGGGAAGCUGUCGUGCUGUGUUUCUUGGGGGAUUGGGGAGGAUGACGUACCACUCGCUCCUCCUGUGUCCCAACAGCCUGGCGGCAUACACAGUGGCUUGUGCCGUCUUGAUGCUGUCACGUAUAUUGGAGCGUCUGGACUAUAUGACAUGAAAAGAAUUGGAGAGUGGGCCACACAGUCACGACUGGACCCCAACGAUCCGAAAAAUGCCUCCAUUAUGCAGCUGCUUAAGGUGGCCAGUAGUGGAGAGGUAACAGCUCCAGAAUACUUCCGUCUAGAACAGUUGCAGGAGGAGUUUAACUUUGUGACUGAUGAAGAGUUGGAGAGGUCCAAAAGAUUUCGCCUGCUCAGGCUCAGGAACCAGGAAGUUGCAGAGUUUCGAAAUUAUAAGUGUGUUCCCGCUCUGGAGAGGGAGGUCACUGAUAAGGUGUUCCAGGAGUAUGAGAAUAGACUGAAAGAAGGAGAGAUAAUUGACACUAAAGAACAUCUGGAUUCACACCGAGCCUUAGUGGCCAAAUAUCUUCAGAAGAUCCGAGAAUCCGUCAUCAACAGAUUUCUUCUUGCCAAGCAUCACUACCUCCUGUCUGACUUGGUGAUAGAAGAGGAGAUACCAAGCAUUGGGAUUCUGGGACUAAACCUUUUCAAGCUGGCUGAACCCAAGCGGCCGCUGAAACCUCAGAGGAUAGAAAGAAAGAAGGUGACGGCUCAGAAUCUGUCUGAUGGCGACAUUAAACUGCUGAUCAACAUAAUCCGGGCCUACGACGUCCCUAUCCGCAGACCCCAGAGCAAUAAACCAGGACAGUCGUCACAGAGUGCCAUCCAGGGCAGUGAUUGGCUCCUCAGCCAGGUACAAGUGAGACCCUUUGUGGAGGUUUCCUUCCAGCGCACAGUCCUUCAAACAACCACAGCUGAUGGACCAAACCCCUCCUGGAAUGAGGAGCUGCAGCUACCAUUUAGUGCCCCAAAUGGAGACUACAGCGCUGCUUGUUUGCAGUCAGUCAAAGAUGAAGUCUUCAUCAACAUAUUUGAUGAGGUGGUUUAUGAAACUGGAGUGAAUGACAAAGACAAAGGCAAAUCAAUACACACUCAGGUAGAGAAGCACUGGCUGGGCUCUGUCAAGAUUCCUUUCAGCACCAUUUAUUCUCAGUCCAGGAUUGAUGGAACAUUCAAGGUGAAUACACCAGCAGUGUUGCUGGGCUACAGUAAGGAGCGGAGCCAUGGCGCUAUUGGUGGUUAUGACACUCUGCGGAGCCUGAGUGAGGGAGCAUUUAUCACACUGUUCAUCACCAUUGAACCUCAUCUGGUGCCUGGAGAGUCUAUUAGGGAAAAGUUUGACAGCCAAGAGGAUGAGCGGUUACUGCUGGCUUCAGAGAAAUUUGAGAGGGAUGCAGCACAGGGCUACCCGGACCGACCCUGCAUUACCACCAUCAUAGACCUCAAUGGGAAGACGGUCUUCAUCACGCGUUAUAUUCGACCACUCAACCCUCCACAGGAGUUACUGGAUGCAUUCCCCAAUAACCCCCAGGAGGCCACGAUUUUCCUCACACAGGCCCUGGUCGCCCGAUUUGUCUCGCUCAUCCCCUCUCUGCCAGACAGAGUUUCGUUUUCUGGUGCGUGUGACCUGUGGACGACGUGCGACCAAUUCCUCACCCUCCUUGCAGGAGAUGAAGAAGAACAUGCCGUACUGUUGUGCAACUACUUCCUGUCUAUGGGAAAGAAAGCCUUGCUUAUUAUUGGCACCGCUAUACCAGAGGGACCCACAGCAUAUGUCUUGACUUAUGAGCAGAGCCGCUACCUGAUCUGGAAUCCCAGCAGCGGUCAGUACUAUGGCCAGUACGACACCUUCUGCCCACUGCAAACAGUUGGUUGCCUGAUCAAUGCUGACAAUGUGUGGUUCAACAUUCAACAGUACACGUCACCAAUGACGAUGAGUUUUGACAUCACAAAAGCCAACUUGUGGAAGCCAUUUUUCUCCCGGUCCUUCCCUCACCCAGGGCUGUCAAGCGUUCAACCAGAGGAGCUGGUAUAUCAGCGCACAAACAAAGUAGCUGCAGCAGAGCUUCAGGACAGAAUUGAGAAGAUGCUGAAGGAGAAGAUCAUGGAGUGGCGCCCCCGUCACCCAACCCGCUGGAACCGCUACUGCACCACCACCCUGAAACAGUUCCUGCCCAAACUGGAGCUGAGCGGGGGGCGGGACGUGGCUGAGGGGCACCGCCACGAGUUGCAGAGCCUGCUGGGAGACAACAGGAUUUCAGGAUUCCCCCUGCAUCUGCCAUUCUCUGAGAUCCGGCCCAUCAUAGAGGCAGUGUACAGCACUGGAGUUCACGAUGUUCAGGCGUCAAACGUGGAGUUUGCCCUGGCCGUCUAUGUGCACCCCUACCCUAAUAAUGUCCUGUCUGUGUGGGUGUACCUGGCCUCACUGGUACGCACAUGACACAAGAGACAUUCAUCUCACUGUGUAUCACAGUGUGUGCUUUAGCUUUAUUUAAGCUGAUGACAACAAUCCAAUACACAGCAACAAAUGUUUCACAUAUUUUGUUCAUUUAUGUUGACGCCACCAAUAAAAACAGGAUUAUAAUCUUCA